AUGCAAUUUGCAGCCGUUUGCUUUGCGCGGGAGCCUGAGUGUUCGAGGUUUCACUACGAGGAAAAGCUGCUAGAGAAAGUGAUCAGAUCGGAAAUUAAGAUGGACGCGAUUGAUGAAUCAUUGAAGAAGACAACGGACAAUGUGGAAGAAAAUAUUCAGACGAUUUCAGGCCUGACAAACAAAGUGCAAGAGCUGCAGAGUGAAAUAGAACCACUCAAAUCAGUAGAAGUCAUGAGCAGUGGAAUAUACACGAGAUGGGGUCGGCGGUCAUGCCCUGGAACCACGGAACUGGUGUACGAAGGGUUUGCUGGUGGCGGAAAAUUCAAUGAUAAAGGAGCGAGUAAGUAUGAAACCGUGUAUGCAACGUUUCACACGAAUUUAUACGAAGAAGACGUUCCAUGUGCUGUAUGCCGCGUUGUAGGAAGAAGCGUUGUCAUGAUCCCAGCAAGGAAUGUCUGUUAUAGCGGAUGGCACACCGAGUACUCUGGCUACUUGAUGUCGUCUUAUUACGGCCAUGAAGGGAACAAGGAACUCGUUUGCAUGGACGGUAACCCUGAAAAGGCUGAAGGAAGUGAUAGUAGUAACCUUAAUGGUGCCCUGUUUUACUUUGCUCAAGCUAUAUGUGGCUCGUUGAAGUGUCCUCCAUAUAGCGAGAACAAGGCGUUAACAUGUGUGGUGUGUUCUAAAUAG